AUGGCACACUUCUUUCGUGGAAGUACACCCUCAACACCAUUCCAACAAGCUGUUGAGAAAGUAACAGACGGAGCUCAAGCAAAUGAAGAUUGGGGUACAAUUAUGAAAAUUUGUGAUCAUGUUGCUAUACAUGAAGACAAUGCAAAAGAAGCAGUGAAAGUUAUUCGAAAACGUUUACAAACUCCUCCUGCUAAUAAUGAUUGGCGUACAAUUGGAUUAACACUUACUUUAUUAGAAGCAUUGACUAAAAAUUGUGGAAAAAUUUUUCAUACGCAAAUUGCACAAAAAGAUUUUUUAAAAGAUUUGCGUGAUAUUCUUGCACCGAAAAAUAAUCCACCAAUUGCUAUACAAGAAAAAGUUCUUGGCAUGAUUCAAACUUGGGCAUUAGCUUUUCGUGAUGAUCCUGAUUUAAAACAAGUUGAACAAUUUUAUCAGGAAUGUAAACAACAAUAUUUACAAUUUCCACCAGCUGAUCCAGAGAAUAUUAUCAAAGCAGCCGUACCAGCUACUGGAACACUUGAACGUCCUACACGAACAAUUUCUCAACCAGGACCUGGUACAAAUCCUCGUCAAAAUCGACCUGCAAAUGAUGGUUCUGUACAACAAGUUGGCCAAGAAACAGCUGUUCUAAGACAAAUGACACCGGAACAAAUAGCAAAAUUACGUAGUGAAUUAGAUGUUGUACAAACAAAUGCACAAGUAUUCGGAGAAAUGCUUGUUACUUUACAACCAGGUGAAGAACAUCCAGAAGAUUUUCAAUUCUUAAUGGAAUUACAUAAAACAUGUAAACAAAUGCAAGCACGUAUAUUUGAUUUACUUUCACAAAUAUCGAUUGAUGAUAUAACUGUUGAUCUUUUACGAUAUAAUGAUGAAUUUAAUAAUUCAUUUAAGAAUUUUGAAAGUUAUAUGCAAGAACGUGAAAGACGUGUUGGCUCAUCUCAUAUUCCAAUACCAAAUCAAACAGCAUUAGCACCUAAAACUUCAUUUUCAACUUCUCAAUCACCAACAAAAAAACCAAUGCCUUCGCCUAGUAAUCAAAAUAAUGAACCUGCCUUGAUCAAAUUUGAUGAAGAGCCAACAGGAUUAUCAGCUGGUUUACAAAAUCUACGUGUUAAUCCAACAUCUCCUGAUUCAACAACAAAGAAUACUCAACAACAAUCAACUGCUACAGUAAUAACUCGAUCUGCUACAAAUACUCAAGAACUUGAACGCGAUGCUAAAGAAGUUGAACAAUGGUUAAAUCUUAAUGAUGAUAAAAAUUCGAAUCAACAAGGUGGUGGUACAACCAAUGCAUUCGAUGAUUUCAUAGAAAAACGUGCAUCACUUAUUCCUGAUGAUUCAGUAUCAGAACAACAAAUACAUUUAAAUUUACAACCAGUAUCAAAUAAAAUUGAACCAAAUAAUUCAAAUGCUUAA